GAUAUAUCUGCAUCUUGAAAGGAAGAUAAAACAAAAGCCUUCUUUGGAAUAGAUGGAUUUUUGUCACUUUCUGUAUGAACUAAAGCGAUUCAAUGUCUCUUUUGGUGUUAUACUUCGAUAUGCCACCCACACCAGUUAGCUAUGCCUUAUCUUUUAAAUCUUUCAGAAAUUCCUUUUACAAAUUUCCAUCUGACCAAAAGCAAGCCAAACAGUAUUAAAAAUAACCCCUUUGACUUAACCGAAAAAAGAAAUCAUUUGGAUCAAGUAUAAUAUGAGGAUUGUUUCUGCACUUCAAGAACACAAGUUGAAUCACUCAGACCUGAAAAACAGUCUGAAACCAGUAUCCAUCAAUACUUGGUCGAUGAGCCAACCCUUUCCUGGUCACCUCCAUCCACUAGAGCAAGCGAAGUAGUAUGUUCCACCAACGUUUCUCACUACGAGCUCCAAGUAGAAAUAGAGAAAUAGGCUUGGAAGAAGCCAAGAGAAGCUGCGUGACAAGAACCAGGACUGUGGAGGAGCAGCCUAGUGAAUGUACUGCCCACCGCCAGACGCUGGCCCACUGCAGGGAGCUCUGAUGACUGCUGCUGCUUUGUCCUUCACUCCAUGCUCCAGUUGGCCAAGCAGAGGUCACAUGCCAAGGUCAAGGAGACUAAGGGAGAGAAGAGGAUUUGACAAUUUGACUUCUGUCCAUCUUGCACGGCAUACUCCCACGGGAACACUGGUAACUAUAAAAAUUACAAAUCUGGAAAACUGCAAUGAAGAACGCCUGAAAGCUUUACAGAAAGCCGUGAUUCUCUCCCACUUUUUCCGGCAUCCCAAUAUUACAACUUAUUGGACAGUUUUCACUGUUGGCAGCUGGCUUUGGGUUAUUUCUCCAUUUAUGGCCUAUGGUUCAGCAAGUCAACUCUUGAGGACCUAUUUUCCUGAGGGAAUGAGUGAAACUUUAAUAAGAAACAUUCUCUUUGGAGCAGUGAGAGGGUUGAACUAUCUGCACCAAAAUGGCUGUAUUCACAGGAGUAUUAAAGCCAGCCAUAUCCUCAUUUCUGGUGAUGGCCUAGUGACCCUCUCUGGCCUGUCCCAUCUGCAUAGUUUGGUUAAGCAUGGACAGAGGCAUACGGCUGUGUAUGAUUUCCCACAGUUCAGCACAUCAGUGCAGCCGUGGCUGAGUCCAGAACUACUGAGACAGGAUUUACAUGGGUAUAAUGUGAAGUCAGAUAUUUACAGUGUUGGGAUUACAGCAUGUGAAUUAGCCAGUGGGCAGGUGCCUUUCCAGGACAUGCAUAGAACUCAGAUGCUGUUACAGAAACUGAAAGGUCCUCCUUACAGCCCAUUGGAUAUCAGUAUUUUCCCUCAAUCAGAAUCCAGAAUGAAAAACUCCCGGUCAGGUGUAGACUCUGGGAUUGGAGAAAGUGUGCUUGUCUCCAGUGGAACUCACACAGUAAAUAGUGACCGAUUACACACACCAUCCUCAAAAACCUUCUCUCCUGCCUUCUUUAGCUUGGUACAGCUCUGUUUGCAACAAGAUCCUGAGAAAAGGCCAUCAGCAAGCAGUUUAUUGUCCCAUGUUUUCUUCAAACAGAUGAAAGAAGAAAGCCACGAUUCAAUACUUUCACUGUUGCCUCCUGCUUAUAACAAGCCAUCAAUAUCAUUGCCUCCAGUGUUACCUUGGACUGAGCCAGAAUGUGAUUUUCCUGAUGAAAAAGACUCAUACUGGGAAUUCUAGGGCUGCCAAAUCAUUUUAUGUCCUAUAUACUUGACACUUUCUCCUUGCUGCUUUUUCUUCUGUAUUGCUAGGUACAAAUACCAGAAUUAUACUUGAAAAUACAGUUGGUGCACUGGAGAAUCUAUUAUUUAAACCACUCUGUUCAAAGGGGCAUCAGUUUGUAGUCCCUCUGGUUCCCACAGAGUACUAUGACAACUCCAAGGAAACAUCAGAAUUACUAAUCUAGCGAGUGUCAUUUAUUCUGGAAUUUUUUUCUAAGCUGUGACUAACUCUUUUUCUCUCUCAAUAUAAUUUUUGAGCCAGUUAAUUUUUUUCAGUAUUUUGCUGUCCCUUGGGAAUGGGCCCUCAGAGGACAGUGCUUCCAAGUACAUCUUCUUCUCCCAGAUUCUCUGGCCUUUUUAAUGAGCUAUUGUUAAACCAACAGGCUGGUUUAUCUUACAUCAGACCCUUUUCUGUAGAGGGAAAAUGUUUGUGCUUUCCCUUUUUCUUCUGUUAAUACUUAUGGUAACAUCUAACUGAACCUCACUCACAUUAAAUGAUUCACUUGAAAUAUAUACAGAAAUUGUAAUUUGCUUUUUUUUAAAAAGGGGGGCUAAAGUAACACUUUCCUACUUAUGUAAAUUAUAGAUCCUAAAUUCAUGCACCCCGUGGGAGCUCAAUAAAGAUUUACUGAAUUGA